GCAUUGGAAGACCAGUAAGUCGUCUGCCUGUGUCAUUCGAAGUUGAUCGAAAGACCGCCGAAAGCCUGCAGCAUUCGACACAUACCUUGGUGUUAUUUCCGAGCAAAGCCCUGAGUUUCACACCGCGCGAACAUCGCAACUCACUCGACUCGACAACAACCAAUCCGACAAUACGGAAGCAAAGAUCUUUGUCAUCACUGAAGAUCUCGCUUUUGGUCAGUUUCCACGAUAAGUUAUCAGCAGCCUGCAUUCUUCGUCUGCAAAACCGAAAACGUUCACCACAUCCACUUCCUCGGUCGACGACAUGUCUUCGCCACCUCAUGACUGGCAAGGCUCUUCUAGCCUACCUCCAAACCCCUAUGGACCCCCCGAAGAUGUUGUGUCUCAGAUGUGGCAACAACACGCAGACAAUGUACGUGCGAACUUGGCUCUUCCUGAUCGUGCCGGUGCGCUGCUGUCAUCCAUUCAAGACCAGGCACCCCAGCCUCAGAGCUCACCGCAAUUCGGACAUGCGCAUAGGCUAGAGCUUCAGGGUAGUCAGACACAGACUGCUCGCGCACAAGCUACUCAGAUGGAAACGCAGACACCUCAUGUGUCAGCGCCUCCAAGACAUUUCCACAGCAUUCAGGCGACACGCGACCAGGCUCCCCCGAUGCAGACUCCUCGGAUGUACACUCCCCAGAUGCAGACGUCCCAGAUGUACACCUCCCAGAUGCAGAGUCCCCAGAUGCAGACUCCUCAAGGAUACAAUUCUCAGAUCCAGGACCCCCAUGCCCAGAUUGCUCCGGUCUGGGCUGCUCACACACAGCCUUCUCAGAUGCAGCCCCCCGGAAUGCAGACUCCACAAAUGCAUGGCCCUCAAAGACAGUCUCCUUCAACGCAGGCUCUGUCUAUCCAGGCUGCGCAAAAUCAAGCUGUUCAACUCCAAACUCCUCAGGCCGCGAUUGCUCAGAUGCAGGCUGAUCGCGGUCAGGCUCCUCAGAUACAGACUUUCCGAAUGCAGACAGCUCGGAUGCAGGCGCCUCAAGGACAAGCUGCACAGAUUCAGGCUGCUCUCGCACAGGCUCCUCAGCUCCUGGCUACGCCCCAGGACGUUACUCAGGCCGCAUUGACUCACAUCAUGGCGUCUCGAGCUCGACAGGCUCAACUUGCUCAGGCCCAGGUUGCUCAGGCCCAGGCUGCUCGCAGUCAGGCUCAUCCGGUUCCUGCUGCUGAGCAUAAUACCAUACAAGCCCAGCCAUCAAAUGGAAAAAACCCUCGCGUUUGGAUGAGAGAACGGAACAAGCGACUCCGGGCGGUCGUAUCCACCCCAACACAGCUCGUUUCUGGAGGUAACCGUCAGCAAAACGUUGGAGGAUCAGUCGUGCAUGCCAGUCCUCAGCACGUCCAGACUCCUGUCAUGGCCGCCCAGCAUGCGCAGAUCCCCAGAGGAAACGGUGCCCAUGCUAGUGGCCAACAAACUCAGAUUUCCAGAUAUGGUAUUCCUCUCGAGCAGAGCUUCGGAAGCACCGGUGCUCGUGUCCUUGCUCAAGACGUCCAUCCAGCCAACAGAAGCGGUCCACAGGCACAGAUCACGAGAAGAGCUGAUAGCCAAGCUGGUUGGCAACGCGAUCAACCUUCUAGUCGGGACAUUCAACUCGCAUGGACCGAAGGAUUCGGUGUCCAUGCCAAUGUCCAACAAGCUCAACAAUCCAGACACGGACUUCUCCUUCAGCAGCCCAUUUGGGGAGGAGCUGGCGUCCACGCAAAUGCCCAAAGCAUGCAGCCACCAAGAGAUGGAGCUGCACCUGCGCAGCAUGUCGGAGCAGCUGGCAUUGUUGCCAAUGAUCAUCAACAACUCCUCGCUUCCCGCAAGAGCGCUCCACGCGUACAUGCCAUGGGAGGCACAGGUGUUCAUGCCAGCAUGCAUCAGAUUCAUCCAUCCAGAAGUGGCGAUUUGGUUGACCGGGCUGCCAGAGCUCAGCAAGCACAAUUUGUCCAGCAAGUCCACCCAGUUCAGCAAGCACAAUCAGUGCAGCAGGUCCAGCCAGUGCAGCAGGUCCAACCAGUGCAGCAGGUCCAGCCAGUGCAGCAGGUCCAGCAAGUGCAGCAGGUCCAGCCAGUGCAGCAAUUUCAGCAAGCCCAGGAAGCUCGGCAGGCCCUACAAAUUCAAAAGGCCCAGCAAAUCUUACAGACUCACCAAGCUGAACAGGUUCUGCAAGCUCGACAAGUUCAGGAAGAAGCCCAGCGUUCCAGAAAUCAGGCUCUGAUCGAAGAUCUCAUCAUGCAAUUCGCUGUCCCCUCAGUACCCGAGUCGAAGGCGGUUGAUAGAGCAGCAUCCGACGACGCUCAUAUCCAAGGCAGCAAGGAGACUUUACCCGAAGUCGCAGCACUACUCACGUCUUCUCGAUCAGUCAGCCCUGAAUCGAAUUCCACAAAGUCGAGCACAAGUCGGAACUCUCAAAUAAUUGCCAGUGGCCGCGUCGAGUCGUCAGGACGUGGAAGGCCCUUCAUCGACCUGAAUAGAUCGGCAGGAAACCCGCAGAUCGAGCUGUUGCAGUCGUCCAACAGUACUGAUCCUCCUCUGGACGAUGGGGAAUGGGAGGCCGAAACCGACCUAGACCAGACCUACCAACUCGAUACUUCCGAGGAGAUGAUUUCUUCCCCCCUCGAAGCCUCCCAGGAGACAGAUACUUUCGAUUUCGACGCUAUGCCUCGAGCUAUGCGUGAGCUUCUCGCGAUUGAGCCUAGCGCUGGGUCCAGGUCCACAACCCCGGAACCCUUCAACUCUCGGAAGCGACAGACACCCCACGAGGAAGGUUCCAGAAAGCGUAAAAAAGCCUUUGGAGAUCGUAUCGAUGAUAUCGUGAUGGACGUUGCACACAAGCCGAGGGCGCAGAUUGAACUCGAGUUUGUCAGAAUUGUUGAAGAUCUCGGCAUGAUUGAGCCUGAGAGUUCCCAGGCGCUAGCUGCGCUACGCUGGAUGCUCAAUUCGAAAGAGAACACAAAAGAGAACAGAAAGUGGCCUGUUGUGUUCAAGAAGUGGCUCUUGGCCAUGAUGCGCCAUAGUCUGAACGCGAGAAUGAAGACUGGAGACAUGCCUGAAGUUGUGGCUGGAGAUACUGAAGUUGUGGCUGGAGAUACUGAACCAGCCAAGCAGGUGGCUCCGUUCUGCAGCAAGGAACUUCAUACCCUGAAGUGUGGCCACCAAAGUCCUUCCAGCGAAGAAUGUGGCAUGAACUGCUAUGCAUCCAAGCAACUCGGCAACAAUGUCCGCUUGACAGGUAUCAAGUGCGUCGUCUGCAGCAGAUGGAUCCUGGGGGACGAGUAGAUACAGUACUGGGCUCCAACCAAGAUCUUUAGUAUCAUUGGCGACACGGUCGGUGAGAACGGCCUGAAUUGAUGGAAUCCUUGACGACUAGCGGAGCGACUCUCGGGUGCUUGGGUCUGAAGAAGGAUACGCUUGGUCGACUCUGGCUCUGUGGGUAAGAUGGGGGUGAGGAGA